AUGGGCUCCUUCCCAGGAGGUGUCUCUAGGUUCUUCGCGAUGGUGCCAAACUAUUGGGAGGUAGAUUCUCCCCUAGACACUCAUGGGAGGCUCGAUGGUUUCAGGGAUCACGAGCUCUCAAUACAUUUACGGUGUGAAAUAUGGGUGGCAAAGAACUUGAAUGCCCCUGGAACUUUUAUUUCUCAUGUGCCACCGGGUGAUUACGACAACGUACCAAACAAGUCAUUUCGUAGUUUAUUUGCUCCACGAGCCACAGAAUUAAAUAUCAAUGACCAAUUUAAUGCCAUCACACGUGUUGUCCAGAGCGUCAUCCCGCGGGAGGCGCCGCGGGACGUCACCCUGGAAGCCAGCACGGGCGCCUCGCCGCGUAGCUGCGUCCUCUCCGUGGCGACGUCCGACCUGACCUUCACCCUGCACGCCUCGCCGUUCCGCUUCACCGUGUCCCGCCGCUCCAGCGGUGACGUCCUCUUCGACACCUCCGCGGCACUGGUGUUCAAGAACAGGUACCUGGAGCUGACCACGGCGCUGCCGGCGGACCGGGCGUCGCUGUACGGGCUGGGCGAGCACACGAAGCGCACGUUCCGGCUGCAGCGCAACGACACCUUCACGCUCUGGAACGCCGACAUCGCCGCCUCCAACGUGGACCUCAACCUCUACGGCUCCCACCCGUUCUACCUCGACGUGCGCCCCACCGCCGGUGCCGCGCACGGCGUGCUCCUGCUCAACAGCAACGGCAUGGACGUCGAGUACGGCGGCUCGUACCUCACCUACAAGGUCAUCGGCGGCGUGCUCGACUUCUACUUCUUCGCCGGCCCCGCCCCGCUCGACGUCGUCGACCAGUACACCCAGCUCAUCGGCCGCCCGGCUCCCAUGCCGUACUGGUCAUUUGGGUUCCACCAGUGCAGGUACGGGUACAAGAACCUGGCUGACCUGGAGGGCGUGGUGGCCGGGUACGCCAAGGCCAGGAUCCCGCUGGAGGUGAUGUGGACGGACAUCGACUACAUGGACGCGUUCAAGGACUUCACGCUGGAUCCGGUGAACUUCCCGGCCGGCCCCAUGCGGCAGUUCGUCGACCGCCUUCACCGGAACGGCCAGAAAUACGUCGUCGCCGCAAGGUGCUUUCUUUUUCGGUAA